UAACCAUAUUUUUGCUCUGUAUUGAAAACCCUUUUUUGUUCCUUGGUCUGUGGUUAUACUAAUGUGUUGUUGUCAAAAUUUUCAGGACUGUGGUUGGAAAGGAUGGGGUGAGAUAUCUUAUGGAGGAUAUGAAUGUGUUAAACGUGCAAAGGCUGCAGAAUUCCUGGUCAGAUCAUGGUUGGAAGAAAUAUUUCCUGGCAUCAACAGUUAUGUAUUUUCUUAUAUAAUUGGGGUCGAUAGUCUGAAAGCAACUAGCAUUGGUGAUGACGCUUCAUCUUCAGCCGCUAGUAAUGAUGUAAGGUUGCGUAUGGAUGGAUUAUUUGACAUGAAAGAACAUGCAGUCCAAUUUACUAGAGACGUUACAACAUUAUAUACCAAUGGACCAGCUGGUGGUGGUGGUAUUAGGUCAAGUUCUUAUCAGCUUCUGAACCUAUUUUCUAAUUUACUAUCAUUUUAAUGAGCUUACACAUUCCUUGGUGGUUAUAGAUUCAUCUCUAGAUGCAAUAAAUCUUUGGUUCUUUAUUUUCAUAAUAAUUGGUUUCCUGUGCUCAAAACCGAAUGAGAAGUUGUAGAUUGAAUUGCUGUUAGAGAUCAUGAAGUUAGUUAUUUACUGAUUAGUGGUGCCUUCCUAAAUAUACAAUCGAAGAUAUAUUUAAUAGAGAUUGACCUUGCUGUAUUCACCUUUAUAUUAUGCGUUUUCUAUUCCCCGAUUGUUGUGAUUGAUGUAUUUCCACUGAUUAUUAUUUUUUCUGCAGUGUUGGACACAAGAGAGAGGUCAUUCUUGAAAAACAACUGGUACU